GCAGUGGGUUUACUUCUGUUCUAGGCAUUGCUCCCGGACAAGGGGCUCGAGCUUUGCUGUCUCCCCUUAGACAUAUAAAGCAUUGCCGGAUCAGCUGAGUUAAAAAUUCAUAGAACUAUUUGUCUCUUCAUUCACGACGUUCGAGAUGCGAUUCUCUCCGAUAUUGGCUUUAGUAGCCUGUCUUGCGCCUACCGUUCAGGCGCAUUUGCCUCGCUAUAAGCAUGCGCGAAACAGCGACGCAUUGACGGUCUCAUUGGAGCCUGUCCUCGGACAAUCGACGCAGGUCAAUGUCUCUAUCAAGAACGACGCCGGUUCUGAUUUGAGCCUCCUAAAAAUUGGUACAAUUCUUGAUGAGAGACCUGUCAAGAAGCUCUCCCUGAAGGAUGAGAGCGGAAAUGAAGUUCCUUUCAUGGGCAUUGAGCUGAGCCUUUACUACGAUGGACUCAAGACCAACCACUUUGAGAAGCUCAGAACCGGGUCAUCUAUCUUUCGAAUUGUCGACUUGUCGACCAUGUAUGAUUUGAAACCCGGUACAUACUCUGUAUAUGCGGAAGGCAGUCUCACUGUAGUGUCUAAGGAAUCCGGCAAGCCAACUCCCGCUGCGUUGAAGUCUGAGGCCAUCCAUAUCAAGAUCAACAACGCUUCAUCAGCUGAAUCAAAGCAAAAAGCAUCAAAGCGUACCAUUCUCCAGGAGGACUCAUGCACCGCCGAGAAGCUCGAACUCACUGCCAACAGUGUCAAGAACUGCGAAACUCUGGCUCGAGCCGCAGCGAAAGACGCGUCUGACGUUCACUCUGCUCGAUUCGUUGAGUACUUCAAGUCGAACGAGACCAAAGCACGAGAGCACGUCACAGGUCGACUUCUCGCCGUCGCUGAAGAGUGUUCCACUUCGGAUAGUGGCAACACACGAGUCUUUUGCAGAGAUGAGAUUGGAUACUGCGAAACCGACGGUCCCUUGAUCGCUUACACGACUUGGGUUAAUGGCUAUGUCACCAUGUGUCCGCUGUUCUAUGAUACACUGCCACCGCUGCCACAGAAGUGUCAUAAGCAGGACCACGCCACCACGACAAUUCACGAGAUGACGCAUGCUAGAGCCGUGUAUGAGCAGGAGGUUUCAACUCAAGAUUAUGCCUAUGGCUAUGAAAACUCUACUGCUUUGGAUCCUCUGUCUUGCCUUUACAAUGCUGAUUCGUAUUCUCUUUACGCCAACGCGGUUUACUUGGAUUGUUAGAGAUAUUGGGCG